UCCGUCGCCGGAAACGGAAACGUGCCGGCGGACCGGCUUAAGCCGCGCCACGUGACCGAAUCGAACCAAUAGACAUCGGCCAUUUUACCACCCCAUUCCUGUGGUAAUUUCUCCAAGAAAAGCGUGCAAACUUUCCAGCGUACAAUCCGUUUUACCGGCACCGAACGAUCGCGGCAUGGGUAAAGAAAAGACUCACAUCAACAUCGUCGUGAUCGGCCACGUAGAUUCUGGCAAGUCGACUACGACCGGCCAUUUGAUCUACAAAUGCGGCGGCAUCGACAAGCGGACGAUCGAAAAGUUCGAGAAGGAGGCCCAGGAGAUGGGCAAGGGCUCCUUCAAGUACGCGUGGGUCCUCGACAAGCUAAAGGCGGAACGCGAGCGCGGCAUCACGAUCGACAUCGCGCUCUGGAAAUUCGAAACGGCCAAGUACUACGUGACGAUCAUCGAUGCUCCGGGGCACCGGGACUUUAUCAAAAACAUGAUCACCGGCACGUCGCAGGCCGACUGCGCGGUCUUGAUCGUCGCGGCGGGCACCGGCGAAUUCGAGGCGGGCAUCUCGAAGAACGGCCAGACUAGGGAACACGCACUGCUAGCGUUCACCCUCGGCGUGAAGCAACUGAUCGUAGGCGUCAACAAGAUGGACUCUACCGAGCCGCCGUACAGCGAGCCCCGUUUCGAGGAAAUCAAGAAGGAGGUGUCGUCGUACAUCAAAAAAAUCGGCUACAACCCGGCCGCGGUCGCUUUCGUGCCCAUCUCCGGCUGGCACGGCGAUAACAUGCUCGAACCGUCUACAAAAAUGCCGUGGUUCAAGGGAUGGAACGUCGAUCGUAAAGAGGGCAAAGCGGAAGGCAAAACCCUGAUCGAGGCGUUGGACGCGAUCCUGCCGCCUUCCAGGCCUACCGACAAACCUCUCCGUCUACCUCUACAGGAUGUUUACAAAAUAGGAGGCAUCGGUACCGUGCCCGUGGGCCGCGUGGAGACCGGAGUGCUGAAGCCGGGCAUGGUUGUGGUAUUCGCGCCGGCCAACAUCACCACCGAAGUGAAAUCGGUCGAAAUGCACCACGAGGCGCUCCAGGAGGCGGUGCCCGGUGACAACGUCGGUUUCAACGUGAAAAACGUCUCAGUGAAAGAGCUGAGACGCGGCUACGUCGCCGGUGACUCGAAAAAUAACCCCCCCAAAGCGGCCGCCGAUUUCCUCUCCCAGGUGAUCGUUCUGAACCACCCGGGGCAGAUCUCCAACGGGUAUACGCCGGUGCUCGACUGUCACACUGCCCACAUCGCGUGUAAAUUCGCCGAGAUCAAGGAGAAAGUGGACAGACGUUCGGGCAAGACGACCGAGGAGAACCCCAAGGCCAUAAAGUCUGGGGACGCCGCCAUAGUCACCCUGGUGCCGACGAAACCGAUGUGCGUCGAGUCGUUCCAGGAGUUCCCGCCGCUUGGGAGAUUCGCCGUGCGCGAUAUGAGGCAGACGGUCGCCGUCGGCGUCAUCAAGAACGUCAACUUCAAGGAGUCCGGCGCGGGCAAAGUGACGAAAGCCGCGGAGAAGGCGGCCAAGAAGAAGUAGUUGUUCGGGCGCCCGCCCGCCGCCCGAUUUUAUAAUGUAACCGCUAUUAUAAUUAUUAUUAUUAUUAUAUUCCCUAGAUGCUUAACGAGAUUAUCCGAGCCGGACGGCUUUUUAUUUUCGUUCCGUUUGUUUUCCGUUCCGAUGUGCGUCGUGUAAUACAAAUAGUACGCUGAUUAAUA